AUGGCUUCAACAUUCGUUCGCCGUCUCGCCCGCGCUUCCACCCAUACACUCCACAAAAGCGUACCCCGGAGGACUGCCACUGGUCUAAGACCUCUGGUUCGCUAUGCCUCGACAUCCAGCAAGCAUCCUCCCGGCUUCGAGCCACCCACCACCGAGGAUCUCCACGAACUUCGCGAGCGGGUACAGGAAUUCACGCGUCGCGAGAUCCCCGAAGAGGUAGCCCACGAGACCGAUGUCUCCAAUGCCUUCCCGAAUGAUAUGUGGAAGAAGAUGGGCGAAGCAGGUUUUCUGGGCAUCACCGCCGCGGAAGAGUACGGUGGCAUGGCUAUGGGCUACCAAGCGCACUGCAUCAUUCUGGAAGAAAUCAGCCGUGCCAGCGGCAGCAUUGGGCUGAGCUACGCAGCGCACAGCCAGCUUUGCGUGAAUCAACUGUGCCUGAAUGGUAAUGAAGAGCAGAAAGGUCGGAUUCUGCCUGGCCUAAUAUCUGGCGACAAGGUCGGAGCCCUCGCCAUGAGCGAACACAGUGCAGGUAGCGAUGUGGUGAGCAUGAAGACGGUGGCAGAGGAGGUGUCCGGCGGAUACAAACUCAACGGCACCAAGAUGUGGAUCACCAAUGGACCGGAUGCGGACUACGUGGUGGUGUACGCGAAGACGGAACCUGCAGCGGGGAGCAAAGGGAUCACGGCGUUCAUUGUUGAGAAAGGCUUCGAAGGCUUCAGCGUGGCGCGGAAGCUGGACAAGCUAGGCAUGCGCGGCAGUAAUACGGGAGAGCUCGUGUUUGAGGAUGUUUUUGUGCCCAAGGAGAACAUCCUCGGGCCUGUUAACAAGGGCGUCACAGUCUUGAUGGAAGGACUGGAUCUCGAGCGCUUGGUGCUGAGCGCUGGCCCGCUUGGUCUGAUGCAGGCUUCGCUGGACCUUGUGCUUCCAUACACGCACACGCGCAAGCAGUUCGGCACCCCAAUUGCGCACAACCAGCUCAUACAGGGAAAGCUGGCCGACAUGUACACCAAACUACAGGUAAGCAGGGCGUACACAAUGGCAACGGCGAGGGCGGUGGAUGAAGAGGGCACCAUCAGAACGCAAGAUUGUGCAGGCGCCAUUCUGUACGCGGCAGAGCGUGCCACCGAGUGUGCCUUGGACGCCAUACAGCUGAUGGGCGGUAAUGGCUACGUGAAUGAGAUCCCGGCUGGACGACUGCUGCGGGAUGCGAAGCUGUAUGAGAUCGGGGCUGGGACGAGUGAGAUUCGGCGCAUGGUCAUUGGAAGGGCUUUCAACAAGGAGUACAAGGAUGCUGGCAUGUGA